AUGAAGUCAGUUCCUUCGCAGUCUUCCUGGGAGCAUUUGCUGAGCGCCAGCCUUAGAACCAAGUUUGCCUUUCUAGGCCCAGAUCGCACAAGGGGUAAGCAAAGCGUCAAAACAGCACCUCCUGUCGGCGGCAGAGGCGUGGCGGCCAGCGGACCGGCGGACCCCGGGGCAUACCCGCAGUCCAGGUGCACAGGCUCAGGGACCCCACGGCCCCUGAAUGUCGGUACCGUGGGCUCCACUCAGGAGACCACCGAAUCCUUCGGCUUGACCAGGCGGGAGGUCUUCUUCCCAGUCCGCGGAAGCCAGGUCCGGGAGACAGCGGGGCUCUCUGUGCCUCCGACCUACACUCGGCUCAGGGGCCCGAUCCCUGCAAAGCGUCCACUUUGGAAAGAAGUUUCACUUACAGGGAAGACGUGUGUACACAAUGAUGGUCCGUGUGUCCGAUAUGUGAAUGCCAACCAGGACUGCAUCAGUUGGUGGAGUGUGCGCGGUUCCUCCUUGAGGGUGCUUCUGGCAGUCACAGUUCACGAGUUAGCCAAGAUGGCUGGGAGGCGGCGAGCCCCUGCGUCCGGGGCGCGCAUUUCGAACUCCACAGGUCUGUCCUGGAGAGCAGUCCAGACCCGGCCACGGUCAGUGAGGAGGAAGUGCGCCUCCUGCUGGCUGCACUGGUGCAGGACUAUGUGCAGAUGA